GGUUUUCUGAUGCUGUAGUAACUUGAAAAAGAUGUGAUGACAUACUCCCAUGAGAAGGGGGAGCAUGACCCUUUCCCUUAUCAUGCCACCCCUUUAGUGCAGCGUGUGCUAUGAGCAAGAUAAUGUGCUAUGAGGAGCAGAGUCCAGGCAGGCUGGCUUCCUGGAGCUCAGCCCAGCCUGCAGAGUCUUUUCUAGACUGUUCCUUCUUCUGGAUCUUUGUAGCUUGGACUCUAUUGACUGUUCUUUUUUGUUGUUGUUCUGCCUUAAUUUUGGCCCUAAUUCUAAGCUGUACGUAGCUUCUCCUGCAGGUUGCUACCUGUGGAAGAAACUGUCUUUUAACUUCUGUAGAUUGCCAAGUUACUACAGGGUAAACUGAGUAGCUUGCUACCAAUUUGUGUGUUGGUAGCCUAGAAGUGAAUCAGUAAUGCCUGUUUCCUUGUAGCUGUAAAGAAACACAGGAUCAUUUUGACCUGAUUAUAAGUGAAGUCUUAUAAUUGCUUAAUCAUUGUCAGGUGGAAAAAGGAUUAGCUCUGGGUUUGAAUCUGGAGUCUUGUGUGUGACUUAAGUGUUAAGCUUAUUGAUAACUAAAUCAUGCAUUAUUUGUGUGUGUGUAUAGCAGCUGUGUUUAGAGUCUGCCACGUAUCACUAAAGUUACUGUUCACUGUGGCACAUCAGAACCUUGAAACUGCUUCUCUGAAAGUAGCUGAAAAGGGGAGGGAGGGGGUAUUGUUUCAGGAACAUGUGACUACUUAAACCUGAAGGUGGCAGUAGUUAUAAUCUGUAUCAGAUAAUGCCUAAAUACAUCUUCAGGUGUGUCAUGUGGGAAGAAAGAGGCUGUUAUUUAGAUUAGUUCUAAAUUAAGUUCAGCUGCAUGCAAUUAUCCAAUUCGGGUAGAUUGUGGAAACUCUUAAAAUUCAGUUGUUUAUCAGACAGGCAUGAUGUUCUGAAAAUCCAAAUCUUGAUACUGCUUUCAAACAAGAUGCUGACUGGCCAAAAUAUUGUCCUGGGUAAACAAUUAGGAUGGAGUGUAAAAAUCCUUAGAAGUGAAUUAGGAUGUAGCAUAAUGAGUAGUAGGAGAAAUGUAUUUCCUGGUUCUGUGGAAAGGCUUUCUUGCAAUAGAUGUUAAGGACCAUAUUCUUCCUAUUCCAAUACCCUUAAAAAUGUUUGCCAAGUAUUCUGUGAUGCUUCUUGAACGUCACUACUUGUUAAAUGCUAUAUCCUCAUUUUAAUAGACUUCGAAGUAGAAUUUUAGGUAAAUACAAGUCUGUUUUGUUUAAACGGUUGGUAAGCCUUGCCUGUUGGGCUCGCUUUUGGAGUAAGCUCAUUUACUGAAUUCAGCCUGUGGAAUGCUGUGGCUGGGGAAAGCUUGAAGCCACUGUGAGAUAAGAAUGGGAUACUGUGAAAAUGAAACAUGACAUCAACCCCCUCCCUCCCCCCAAUAACUGAUAACACUAUGCAACUUCCUUCAAUAACUAUUGUGUGAUUUGCUUGCUGGUAAAGUGGCUUGCAGAUUUGAUCCAUAGCAAGAAUCUUAAUUUGUAUUAUGGAAAGAAUGUUAGACUGAUAUGUCAGUGUCAUGGUGUUUACUGUCAGGAAGCUCUUAAUUACCUCAGGCUGGUGUAUGGUGCAUUACAUAGCAUCAAAACAGCAGCAGUGGUUAAAAUAAUUUAAUUUGCUAUUUAGAAGAACUUACCUGCUGAAUUGUGUUCCAGUCUUCCUUACCCUUGCUCUGCUCCCUAAAGGAGGGAACUAGUGUAAUUCUGCAAUGUUUUUCAUAACUAGAUAUUCCAGUAAUGGUCUGACGUUAAGUUUCUUGCAGUGAUGAGGUAAGACUUAGUGCUAGCCUGCAAGGAUUUCAUUUUCUUAUUGGGAUGCACAGAAAAUGGAUUAAGUUCCAGUCCAGUUGUCUGGUCUAAGGACAAUCUGAAUGAAGGUAAAUGGGAUACAGGGUUGCUGGCUUCAGUUCCCUUAUAUUUCCGUGGGUGGCCUGUGCUGAGUCUGACCCUGCAUACUUGGUUUCCUUACAGACUUGCUGCUAGUCUUGGAGUUGAUAUCAACCUUAUGAGGUCUGCUGUGAACAAUGGUGGUCUGUAACUGUAGUCAAGAAAUGGUGUUACCUUCUGUGACCUGUAUCUCAGCAGUAAAGUGUUCAGGCCCACUGCACCCUCAAUACACGCGGGCUGGGGAAUUACACCACUGUCUUGCCUCAGUAACUAAAGAAUCAAAAUAAUUGGCUUAAGUAAAACACUGUUUAUACUUGUAUUUCAACUCCUUUAUUUUCUUCCCCCUUCCAAAGAAGUACGUGUGCUGACACCUCUGCAAACCUGAGGAGGUGGCCUUAAAUACAGCUCACUAAUAUUUGGAGGAAGCACCCUUGUUUGAGAAGCUGUUUUGGGAACUUUGUACUUUCUGUUAAUAUUUUUCUUCUAAAUGUUCCUUGUAAUUGUUUAUGUGGUUCACUGACCAGCACUCUCUGCACUCUGUUCCAGGGCUUGCUUGUGAAUAGCUCAGGGUUCCCCAUCUGAGAAUUUAAUACAGCUUUAAUAGUGAAAAUCUCCUUGGAAUAUCUGAAGUCCAUAUGGCUAUGUAUGAUGAAGAUAUCUUGAAAAAUCCCUUUUAUUUGGCCAUUCAGAAGCGGCGUCCUGAUCUAUGCAGCAAAGUUGCAGAACUGCAUGGUAUUGUGUUAGUUCCAUGCAAAGGAAGCCUUUCAAGCAACAGUCUUUCUACUUGCCAGUUUGAAUCUUAUGUUCUGAAGCCACUAGAAGAAAAUUUUCAAACCUUAAAUGGAAAGGAGAUCUUCAUACAAGGAAACAUCAUCAUUUUAGGAACUGGUUUUAAUUAUCAUCUCUCAGUACCUGUUCUUUUUGAGGAAACAUUUUACAAUGAAAAAGAAGAAAGCUUUAGUAUAUUGUGCAUAGCUCAUCCAUUGGAAAAAACAGAAAGCUCAAGUCAAUCUACAGCUUCAUCAAACUCCUAUUCUCUUAAAAAUAUUGAAGAUGUUAGAGAAUUCUUGGGAAGGCACUGCGAGAGAUUUGAUAAAUACAUAGGAUCUUUCUAUAGAACAUUUAAAGAACAUGAAAGGAAGAGCCUCCGCCACUACAUAGAUUCUGUCAAUGCACUUUAUACCAAAUGUCUCCAGCAUCUUUUGAGAGAUUCGCACUUGAAGAUGCUUGCAAAGCAAGAAGAGCAGAUGAAUCUGAUUAAGCAAGCAGUUGAAAUGUAUAUCCACCAUGCUAUUUAUGAUCUAGUCUUCAAAUAUGUGGGGACCAUUGAGGCAAGUGAGGAUGCUGCUUUUAACAAAAUCACAAGGAGCCUUCAAGACCUGCAGCAAAAAGACAUUGGAGUGAAGCCUGAGUUCAGUUUUAAUAUACCACGUGCAAAGCGAGAACUGGGUCAGUUGAACAAAUGUACUUCCCCUCAACAGAAGCUACUUUGUCUACGAAAAGUGGUACAAAUUAUUAUGCAAUCUCCUAGCCAAAGAGUUAACAUGGAAACCAUGUGUGCAGAUGAUCUUCUCUCUGUUUUGCUGUAUUUACUUGUAAAAACAGAAGUCCCAAACUGGAUGGCCAACUUGAGUUACAUAAAGAACUUCAGGCUUUGCAGUUCAGUGAAGGAUGAAUUGGGAUACUGUCUAACCUCAAUUGAGGCUGCAAUAGAAUACAUACGACAAGGCAACCUCUCUGACAGAUCAACAGAAUCUGAGAGACUGUGUGACAAGCUGCUUUUAAGACAAAGGAUGAACUUGUUGUCCCAGAUGUCUGCUACUCCAGUAGACUGCUUAUUUAAGCAUAUUGCUUCAGGUAAUCAGGAGGAAGUGGAGCGAUUACUAAGUCAAGGUGACAGUGAUAAAGACACUGUACAGAAAAUGUGUCAUCCACUCUGUUACUGUGACAAAUGUGAGAAGCUAGUUUCUGGGAAACUGAAUGAUCCUUCCAUUAUCACUCCAUUUUCCCGAGAUGACCGGGGGUAUACACCACUUCAUAUAGCUGCUAUUUGUGGGCAAACAUCACUAGUGGAUUUACUAGUAGCCAAAGGAGCCAUCGUCAAUGCUACAGAUUAUCACGGUUCAACUCCACUUCACCUUGCCUGUCAGAAAGGAUAUCAAAAUGUUACACUUCUCUUAUUGCACUAUAAGGCAAGUACUGAUGUUCAGGACAAUAAUGGAAAUACUCCACUUCAUUUAGCCUGCACUUAUGGUCAUGAGGAUUGCGUCAAAGCUUUAGUCUACUAUGAUGUGCGUUCCUGUAGACUAGAUAUUGGUAAUGAAAAGGGAGAUACUCCUCUCCAUAUAGCUGCUCGUUGGGGCUAUCAAGGGAUCAUAGAAGUGCUUUUGCAAAAUGGGGCAAAUCCAGAAAUUCAAAACCGGAUGAAGGAGACUUCCCUACAGUGUGCAUUAAAUUCCAAGAUUUUGUCAUUGAUGGAAUUAAACUAUCUAACGUUUGAGAGAGGACAGAGUGCUUCUGAGUCACCACUUAGGUCUCCUCAGCACUCAACAGAAACUUUCAGCAGAGGAUCAUCUAUCUCAAGCCUGUCAUCAGCAUCAACUGAUAUAAGGCAAGAAGAAGUAAAAAAUAGUAAUAAAGAGGUGGAAAAACUCCUAAGAGCAGUUGCUGAUGGAGAUCUGGAAAUGGUACGUUACCUCUUGGAAUGGAUGGAAGAAGACUUAGAAGAUGAGGAUGAUACAGCCAGUACAUCAAAACCAGAAUUCUGCCAUCCAUUAUGCCAGUGCCCAAAAUGUGGGCCAGCACAAAAGAAAUUUGCAAGGAUCUCUGCUAAUGGACUUGGAGUAAAUGUUUCAAACCAAGAUGGUUUUACGCCAUUGCAUAUGGCUGCACUGCAUGGACACUCUGAACUUGUCUGUCUCUUGUUGAAACAUGGGGCCAGUAUCAGUGCGAAGAAUGCAAAACAUGCAGUUCCUCUUCAUCUAGCCUGCCAGAAAGGUCACUUCCAGGUGGUAAAGUGUCUGAUGGAUUACAGUGCUAAACAAAAUAAAAAGGAUAUAUAUGGAAAUACUCCUUUAAUUUAUGCGUGCUUGAAUGGUCAGUAUGAGACUACUGCCUUGUUGUUACAGCAUGGAGCUUCUGUUAACAUUUCUAAUGCCAAAGGAAAUACAGCACUGCACGAGGCCGUGAUAGGAAAGAAUGAAGCCCUGGUAGACUUGCUACUUCAGAAUGGUGCAAUGACGCACAUAAGGAAUGAAAGGAACUGUACCCCUGCAGACUGUGCUGAGCCGAAUUCAAAUAUUAUUAAGUUGCUGGAAACAGCACCAAGCUGUGUAGCUACAUCAGCAGAGAGAGAAAAGGAGCGUGAGCAGCAUGCUACUGUCAAGAUAAGAAAAAAAGUGAAUUCUAAGCCAUGUGAGAAAGCCGAUGAUCCCAUAAGCAGACAACUUCAGCUGGUCCAAUCAAUUAACAGAUUUAACAAAGCAAAACAUUUACGGAGAACAAUAACAAGAGAUAAAAGUGUCCCUAAUUUUGACUAUCAGUUAUUGCAUCAGUUAGCUAUUAAAAGCUUUGAUAAAACCAAGUUAAAAUCUGUUGAAAAGCUGGACCGGAGCAAAGUUAAGAUUAUUGACACAGGAUGCAGUGGAGAGUUUGUGAAACAUGAUGACAUGAUAGAAGUCCCUCACAGGAGUAAAUUAAUGCACCGAAGACACACUGUUAAUGUGCCACUUUCAGCAGAGAAUGUCAGCGAUAAUAGUUUAUCCAGCCCUAGAAAUCCAAGUAUUUCACAAUCGAGAGACUGCUGUGAUGACGUGGUUUCAAAACAUUGACAAGGAAGUGUGAAUUUGAUGUCAAAAGCUGAGGAAUUAGGUGGUGUUAAUUUCAAUAACCCUUCACUGUGUAUCAAAGAAUUCAGUGAUGCUUGCAAGCCUGCCUGCAGAACAGAAUACAAGGAUGACUCUUCAGCAGAAAACAGAAUGUUCCUAGCACUUUUGAAGACUGAAUCCUCUGUUGAUGUUGGAGGUAACUACACAGCCAGAUCGUUACUGAUCUCAACGUGUUAACAGGGACGUACUGAGAUGUAGACAGCAAAAUUACUUUCCUAUCCUACUUAGCACUUAUUAAAAAAUUAUAUGUAACAGUAAACCAAACAAAACCCUCUAUUGUAUUUUUUCAGCCACCCACCUUGUUUUUAAAACUCUUUGAAUAAUUUUUGCAUUUUCAGUUUUUAUCACUACAUUGGAUAAGUAUAUGUAAAUAUAUAUAUAUUUAUAUACAUAUAAAGAUAUAUUGGAUAACAAGGUAUUUAUUGCCAGAGGUAACUGAAAUAUCUCUAUUUUUAUUGUAAUGUUAUGAACCAUUAUAGUAUAUAUUUCUGUAUAUUUCAGUAGCUGGGAAAACAAUAGUCUGCAACAUCUGUGACGCCACAUUAGGAGAUUUAUACAUGCUAUUAAUGUGAAGGGAUGUAAUCCUUGCUAAUUUCUUUGCAAUGCUUCCCUGUAUUGGAUCUGCAAGAUCAAGUUCUUACACAGGAGCCAAGGUACUGGGGAAGAAGUAGAGAGCUCUUGACAAAGCUAAACUUUGGACUCACUUUUCACAGCCUAAUCAAAAAAAAAAAGCAGAAGCAAGCCCAUAUAAGGACACAUAAAAUUGCUUUGUGGUUUGGUUUUUUUUUUUCCCCUCUAAAGCAAGUCAUGCAAAAAUGCACAAAUAUUCAUGAUUCUGAACCAGGGCAACAUCUGCAGACAAUUAGGAGCCUCCUCUGGACUGCUCUUUAAAAAGGUGAAAUUCCAAUUAUGAAAAGUACUUCUCACAUCAGUAAGCAUUUGUUGGAAUAGGCCAAAUAUUACCUCAUUCUGAGAGGUGAUCGCUGAAGAAUUGAAAGCUUGCAAGUAACUAUAAGAUGGCUGCUUAGAUUUGAACUUCAUUUUCAGUUAUGGGAGGAGAAUGUGUAAAUAGGACAAGCCAGGUUUCUAAGUGCGGUAUUUUUUAUUCUUGGCUCAUCACAUCCAGCUUGCAUUUUAUUUUAUAAACUAUUUGUAUGAAUAAUUCUAUUUCUUUUAACUGUGGUGUUAGUAAACUGCCUGGCAAAGUACAACGCUGGAAGACGUACUGAUUAUUUUUUCAAAUAACUUUUUAAUCUAAGAGGUAAAAUGUGCAAUAAGUGCACAUAUGGACAUUUGGAGAUGAGGGUCAUGUGUUUAUUUUUCUAAUAAUUUAUGAGUUCAUCUGAUUUUCUAAUGUGCCUUGGAUUUGUGCCAAAUGAUGGAAAGAAAAAACUAGUAAAGUAACUCUUGAAAA